CAGUACAGUAUUAGCUAAGUGAAGCCAUGCUGUUGGUACACCCUUCAACAGACGGCUUCUCCUCAUCCAUGGUUGUUUAUUGUGCAGUCAUUCCAAGGGACUUCAUUCGUUUACUGACAUCUUUCAGAAUCUUUAUCGGAUGGUAUUCAUGUUAUCGAACUUGAUUCCCAUCUGACGUGCAGUGUCAUUAGUAUCAUUAAGAAUUGGGUCUUUGUAGCCGAGCUAGGCAGGUCACUCAUAUGCAUACAAUGAACUGGGGCCCUGUGCUCUAGACUCCGAGGCUCAGAGAGAGCGUGUGCCAGACACUCCCCAGCAGAAGAGCUGUUGGUCCCCAGUCUUAGGCUUGCACUGAGAGCAGAGAGCUACAGUAUCGUGCCUUAGUCCACUGUCCACUUCCUGCAUAGGCGGCACAGGUAUUUUCUUAAAACUGCAUCAUUGGUUCAGGGCUUGUAAACUAAAACUCCAUCAUGGGUGACUGGAGUGCUUUGGGGAGGCUACUGGACAAGGUUCAGGCUUACUCCACGGCUGGAGGGAAGGUGUGGCUCUCUGUCCUCUUCAUCUUCAGGAUCCUGGUGCUGGGAACCGCUGUGGAGUCUGCCUGGGGGGACGAGCAGUCCGCCUUCAAGUGCAACACCCAGCAACCUGGUUGUGAGAAUGUGUGUUACGACAAAUCCUUUCCUAUAUCACAUGUACGGUUCUGGGUGCUACAGAUUAUCUUUGUCUCGACGCCGACUCUUCUCUACCUUGCCCAUGUGUUCUACCUGUUGCGAAUAGAGCAGAAGAUUAACCGCAAAGAGGAAGGGCUGAAAACCAUCCAGAACGACGGAGGCGACGUGGACGUACCUCUGAAGAAGAUUGAGUUAAAAAAGCUCAAGCAUGGGCUGGAGGAGCAUGGGAAGGUUAAGAUGAAGGGAGCCCUCUUGAGAACCUACAUCGUCAGCAUUUUCUUUAAGUCCAUCUUUGAGGUGGGCUUCCUGGUCAUACAGUGGUACAUUUACGGCUUCAGCUUGGCCGCUGUCUACACCUGUGAGAGGUCCCCCUGCCCCCACAGAGUAGACUGUUUCCUCUCCAGACCCACUGAGAAAACCGUCUUCAUCAUCUUCAUGCUGGUGGUCUCUCUGGUCUCCCUGGUUCUGAAUGUCAUUGAGCUCUUCUACGUGACGUUCAAGAGGAUCAAAGACCGCGUGAAGGGGAAACAACCGCCCGUCCACUACCCUGGCACUGGGACAUUAAGCCCCACUCCCAAGGAUCUGUCCACCACUAAGUAUGCCUACUAUAAUGGCUGUUCCUCUCCCACUGCCCCCUUGUCACCCAUGUCACCCCCGGGGUACAAGCUGGCCACUGGGGAGAGAACCAACUCUGUUCGCAACUACAACAAGCAAGCCAACGAGCAAAACUGGGCCAACUACAGCACAGAGCAGAACCGCCUGGGCCAUAAUGGCAGCACCAUCUCCAACUCCCAUGCACAAGCCUUUGACUUCCCUGACGACACCCAGGAGAGUAAGAAACUGACCCCAGGGCACGAGCUGCAGCCGUUGGCCCUGAUGGACCCCAGGCCCUGCAGUCGAGCCAGCAGUCGCAUGAGCAGUCGGCCAAGGCCAGACGAUCUAGAUGUCUAGCCCCUCCCCAGCCCCCCCUGUCGGUGGCCUUGGUGCCAGAGAACAGAGAGUACAAGGGGGGCGGGGCGGGGCAGGGCAGGGCAUAGCCCAUUCACUGUCCUAACUAGAGAGUCAAUAAAGAGACAUUAAAAUACUUACACUGUUGGAGGUACUAUACAUUUAUUGAUGACUUUGAAACUAGUGGAGCUAACAAGCUGUAACAACAAAAACAUCUAGCGGGCAUGUGACCCUAUUCCGAUAACUGUGCCCACGUUUCACUUUAGAAGAAUAUGCCUUGGCGAUGUAUUAGUUAUCACGUUUUUACCUGUAGGUUUCAUUAUAUGGCCUCACACAGUUACAUUCCAUUUAGAAAGAUUGCACUUCAAUAUAAUAGCAAUGUGUCUUUUUCCAUGCUUUGCAAGUAGUUUGAAAACAUUUGGCUUGUAUGUCUCCGUCACACUCAUCUUCUGUAUGACUUCCAAGUCGGUCUUGUGAAACAGGAUUGUAAGAAGGAUGCUCAGUUUCAUGAAUUAAUAUUUAUUUAUUAGUAACAGUACAUCCACCACUAGAUAAAAUGUACUACUAUCCAAGGUCAUAUCCAUAUAAAUGAUAUAAAGUCACUACACCCACCUGCAUAUUUAUUGAUAAUAAUAAAAAAUGAUUAAUAGAAAACAAUUUUCUCAACAAAUAAGAGGUUGCUUUUAUUAUCGUGGACUGUCAUUUCCUGAUAAACUUUGAAUUUAUGUGGUGUCGGUUGUUUUAUUUGAUACUUGUUGUUUUGGGUUUUGUGGGUAAGUGGUUGCUUUUAGACUGUGGACUCAAGUUGUUGUAAGAGAAAUACAGAGCAACAGUUUCUUAUUGCUACAUUUGGGUCUCGAAGCAUCUUUGAAAGAAAGCCUUUAUUUUUGUUCUCAUUUUAAAGUGUACAUCUGCUUUUUCUUUUCUUUCCUGUAGGAUGGUAGAGGAGGGCAGUAGAAUGAUUAUUUGUCUUUUACCUUUAAAAAAAAACUCAAUGUAAUCAUUGCUGCUUGAGAGAUAGAUUUUUAGUACUGUAAUUCAAGCUAACUGUUUCACCAAAUGUGAGUUUUUAGAAGACUGCUUAUAGAGCUAGACUAAUAUUUAGUCAAAUAUAUUAAAAGGUAUAUGCCAAUGUAGCUCCACAACUACCAAACACUUGUAGAUGGGAUUUCAAUUGGACAUUUUCAUGUUUUCUGUGUUUUUUUCUUCUCUCCCAAUUCUGCAUCAUGGUAUUUCGGUACGUCAACAGAGAGUUUCAUGGGUUAUUCAGCUACGAUGAAGUUUGCACUGAGAUCUUGACUACGGUGUAAUAUGAGGCAAAAAAAGGGGCAAGUGUUUUCUGAUAUGUAAGUUACUAAUUCAUGUUACUACACCAGGCAGAAAUCACUACAGUACAUACAUUCAGACAGGGCUUGUUUUUUGUGACCGCUGGUUUCAAUGAUCUCAAAAGGCUAAAGCAAAGGGCCUCCAUUCAGAAUACAAGACACACUUUGGUGUACAUUUGUUUAAUAAUGGGGUCAGAUAAUGUCAUUCCAUGGAAAUCCACUGUUGUACAGUGUGUAAGUGCAUGAGAGCAAGAAACAAAAAACUAAUUAUAUCUGUGAAAGGCAAUUUUAACCAAUAAAGAUUUUUUCUUUCUUUACAA